AACCUGGCAACCCUGCCAUCGCAGCGGGUGGUUAGUGAAGAAACUGAGGCGAAGUUCAGGCUUUUUCUCUCGCGAGGAAGGACGCCGUUAUCGAAAUCCCUACAAACAACACGAGAAUUCAACAUUCACACGGUCUGAAUAAUGUCGGAACAAGAUUUGGCGGAAAUAGUGCAGAUAGCAGUGGAGGACUUGGGCCAGGGCGACCAGACUGAUGUGUUGGAAAAUCAUGAAGAUUCUGAUGACAAGCCUGACAAGAAAAGGCCAAGGGUGGACAACAACACCCAGGAUGCAUCUCUAAAGACCUUGUUGUACUCCAUCAGCCAAACGAUCUGCCAGCGUCUGGACAACAUGGAGGCCAAGUUGCAGCUGGUAGAGGUGACGUGCCGGACCCUGGAGAAGAAGCUGGAUGCCGUGGUCAACAAGAACCAGGCACCCAUCCAGGUCCCUAUGGUGGCCGGCUCCCCUCUAGGGGCCACCCAGACCUGGAACAAAGUGCGCUGUGUUGUUCCACAGACCAAUGUGAUAGUGAGCCAAGACCGACCGAAGGGUCAGGAGGAGUCAGUAACUCGAGGGGCAGAUUCACUGGAGAACCUCCUUAGCAACACAGUGGGCGGGCGGAGGCAGAAUACGUUCCUGGUGAAGGUGCCGGCGCCGGAGGACAGCCAGGAGGAACAGGAGAGCGGUUCAGAGGCCAGCGACUCGGUGUCCAACAGUGGCCAGGCCAACAACUCCCAGAGCACCCAGAACGUCACCCUCAUCACCCUCAACUCCGAGGACGACUACCCAGCAGGUACGUGGCUUGGCGACGAGAACAAUGCAGAGAUGCGUGUGCGCUGCCCAGUGUUGCCGGGCGACAUGCUCCACCUCAGCACCAACUGCCGCACGGCGGAGAAGAUGGCGCUGACACUGCUGGACUACCUUUUCCACCGCGAAGUGCAGGCCAUGUCCAACCUGUCAGGACAGGGCAAGCAUGGCAAGAAGCAGCUGGACCCGCUCAUGAUCUACGGCAUACGCUGUCACCUGUUCUAUAAGUUUGGCAUCACUGAGUCGGACUGGUACCGGAUCAAGCAGAGCAUCGACUCCAAGUGUCGCACGGCAUGGAGACGCAAGCAGCGCGGCCAGAGUCUGGCGGUCAAGAGCUUCUCCAGACGCAGCGCCAACGCACCGGGCAGCUCAGAGGGUGGCGCUGUGGCGGAGGUGGCUCACAUGGAGGGGGUGACCCAGCAGACUCUACACUACACCCUGGCCAACCAGGCCGUCCAACAGGUCCAGAUCCACCGCAUAGGAGAGGACGGACAGGUCCAAGUGAUCCCUCAGGGACACCUCCAUAUUGCCCAGGUCCCACAGGGGGAAGAGGUGCAGAUCACACAGGACAGUGAGGGGAACCUUCAGAUCCACCAGGUGCAUGUUGGGCAGGAUGGACAGGUGCUGCGUGGGGCCCAGCUGAUAGCAGUGGCAUCAGCUGACGGAGGGGCCACAACAGUGGAGGGCUCCCCCCUACAGGCCAGUGACAUCCAGGUGCAGUACGUCCAACUGGCCUCCGUCAACGAGCACACCGCUACUGUACAGGUGUCAGAACUGGCCCCAGCCAUGCAGGGUGAGAUGGAGGUGAAGGAGGGAUCCAUCCAUCUGCCAACAGAGGAGAAUGGGGAGGUGGUGCAGAUCGUCAGUUCUGUGGGCACCUGAGGGCCUGGAGAGGGAGAUGGCCACCACAGAGAUACAGAGGUGUGGAUGAAAGGGAUGGGGAGUGGGGG